UGCAAUGUAUAAGAUUCUAAUAGGAUAAUGUGUUUUUUAUUUUUUAGUGUUUGAAAAUUAAAGUUCAAUGAGUAUAGUUUUUUUUCUUAUGCCGUUUGCAUUUUAUCUUCAUUCGGCAUGAUCUUUCGUGCGAAUCAAUGCAAAUAGUUAACGGCUAGAGAUUAGUCGAGAAUAUUUAUGAUUUACAAACAAUUAAUUACCUUAAGUCGUUUACUGAUGAUUUAGUCAGUAACCAAGUGACUAAGCCUAAAAUUUUGUCUAUCUCUUUUAGCAGAACUGCACAAUAUUUGGUUCAAGUUUAAGUACAGUUUUUAAGCAGUACUAAUCAAGAUGGUAAAGGAACAAUUUCGUGAAACAGACGUGGCCAUGAAAAUAAGCCACCUUUGUUUUGGAAUUGAAAAUGCCAAUGAAAUUAGACAACAAGCCCAUAUGCAGUGUGUCAGCAAGAAUUUAUACUUGCAGGAUAAUAGUCGUAAACCUGUCCAGCAUGGUGUACUGGACAAUAGAUUGGGUACCAGUCAGAAAGAUUACAAAUGUGAAACCUGUGGAAAGAAUUUGGCUGACUGCACUGGUCAUUUUGGGUUUAUUGACCUGGAAUUACCAGUCUUUCACAUAGGUUACUUUCGUGCAACUAUUAGUAUACUACAGUGUAUUUGUAAGACAUGCAGUAGAGUUUUACUGUCACCGCAACAAAGAGAGGGUUUUUUUGAUACCUUGAGACGGCCCAACAUCAGCUAUCUUCAACGAAAAGUUCUGCAUAAAAAAAUCAUUGAAAGAUGCAAAAAAAACUCCACCUGUUUCUACUGUGGUGCAUUAAAUGGUGUUGUGAAGAAAUGUGGCCUGUUGAAAAUUGUUCAUGAGAAAUUCAGACAUGUAAGAAAGAAUGAUACGACUGUAUCUGAGUUUUUGGCUGAAUUUGAAAAUGCAGUGAAAUACAAUAAAGAACUUGACACUCAUCUCAACAAAGCAGCUCAGGAUAUGUUGAAUCCACUGAGAGUACAACAGUUGUUCCAACAAAUUAUUGAUGAGGAUAUUCCCCUCCUGCUGAUGGAUCCAGAAAGUAGUCGUCCUGAGGAUUUAAUCCUGACUAAAAUAGCUGCUCCUCCUCUCUGCAUCAGGCCGUCUGUUGUGUCUGAUCUGAAAUCUGGAACAAAUGAAGAUGACCUUACUAUGAAAUUAACAGAAAUCAUAUUUCUGAAUGAUGUGAUCCAGAAGCAUCGAGCAUCAGGAGCAAAGAUGCAGAUGAUAAUGGAAGACUGGGACUUCCUUCAGCUUCAGUGUGCUUUAUACAUAAAUAGUGAAACAUCUGGGAUUCCACUGAACAUGCAGCCUAAGAAACCUACGAGAGGAUUUGUUCAGAGACUGAAGGGUAAACAUGGACGUUUUCGUGGAAAUCUCUCAGGAAAACGUGUAGAUUUUUCAGGCAGAACAGUAAUUUCUCCAGAUCCAAAUUUACAAAUAGAUCAGGUGGGAGUACCUGAACAUGUAGCAAAGAUCCUUACUUAUCCUGAAAGAGUUACCAAAGCAAACAUACAGUUAAUGAAAAAACUGGUUAUAAAUGGUUGUGAUGCUCAUCCAGGAGCCAAUUUCAUCAAACAACGUGGGUCUAGUCUUAAAAAGUUUUUGAAGUAUGGAAACAGACAAAAAAUUGCUCAGGAGCUUAAACUUGGAGAUACAGUAGAACGUCACAUGCUGGAUGGAGAUGUUGUUCUGUUUAACAGGCAGCCCUCAUUGCACAAACUUAGCAUAAUGGCACAUCAGGCCAAGGUUAUGCCACAUCGUACAUUCCGGUUUAAUGAAUGUGUCUGUACACCUUAUAAUGCAGAUUUUGAUGGAGAUGAGAUGAAUCUUCAUCUUCCCCAGACUGAAGAAGCUAGAGCUGAAGCUUUAGUGCUUAUGGGGACAAAGGCCAACCUUAUAACACCAAGAAAUGGGGAACCUCUUAUUGCUGCAAUACAGGACUUUAUAACUGGGACUUACCUCCUCACUCAGAAAGACACGUUUCUAGACAGAACGAAAGCUUGUCAACUCAUUUCCUAUAUCUUGGCUGGAAAGGAUAUCAACACCAAAAUUGAUCUUCCACCUCCUGCCAUUCAGAAGCCAGUAGUAUUAUGGACUGGAAAGCAGAUUUUCAGCCUGAUAAUACGACCAAAUAAAGCCUGUCCAGUUAAAGCCUGUCUGAGAGCAAAGGGAAAAGCUUAUACAUCUGGAGAAGAGAUGUGUAUAAAUGAUUCCUUUGUACUAAUCAGAAAUAGUGAAUUGUUGGCUGGUUCUUUGGACAAGGGAACAUUAGGAUCUGGGUCCAAAAAUAAUAUCUUCUAUAUCUUGCUACGAGACUACGGCGAAUCCUACGCUGCCAGUGCUAUGUGGCGUGUAGGUCGCAUUUCUUCAUUUUAUCUUGCAAAUCGAGGAUUCUCCAUUGGAAUUGGAGAUGUAACACCAGGAACUGGUCUUCUGAAGGCAAAGCAAAAGUUAUUGGAUGAUGGCUACAGUAAGUGUGAAGAAUACAUUCAGUGUCUUAAAGAAGGAAAACUCCAGACUCAGCCAGGAUGUACAGAGGAAGAAACAUUAGAGGCAGUUAUAUUAAAGGAGUUGUCUGUGAUUCGUGACCAUGCUGGUAAAGCUUGUUUAAAGGAGUUGCACAAAACUAACAGUCCAUUGAUCAUGGCACUGUGUGGGUCUAAAGGUUCAUUUAUCAACAUCAGUCAGAUGAUUGCCUGUGUUGGUCAACAAGCCAUCAGUGGUAAAAGAGUGCCUAAUGGUUUUGAAGACAGAUCACUUCCCCAUUUUGAGAGACAUUCAAAAACUCCUGAUGCAAAAGGAUUUGUUGAAAACAGCUUCUAUUCUGGUCUGACACCAACAGAAUUUUUUUUCCAUACAAUGGGAGGCAGAGAAGGAUUAGUAGACACUGCUGUGAAAACAGCUGAAACUGGGUACAUGCAGAGACGGCUUGUAAAGUCUCUAGAAGACCUAUGCUCCCAUUACGACAUGACUGUGCGAAAUUCUGUUGGAGAUAUUGUUCAGUUUUACUAUGGAGGGGAUGGUUUAGAUCCUGCAGCAAUGGAAGGAAAAGACAAGCCUGUGGACUUUAAACGUGUUUUAGAUCAUAUUGUAGCAGUGUUUCCAUGUUCAAAUGAAGAUCCGUUGAAUGAGAAAAUGAUUCUCCAACUGACUACAGAAAUUGUAGACAGUGAAAGCUAUAAGCGGUGUGGAGAAACUUUCAGGAAAGAACUUAAAGAAUUCAUACAUACAUAUGCAGCUACUGUUGGAAAAGUUCAUAAAAAAUACAAAGUUAGUAACAAGAAACGAUCUCCUCCUGUACUGAAGCAACUAGAGAGACUGACUGUCACCCAGCUGCAGGAGUUCUUCAAUACUUGUAAAGGCAAAUACAUGAGGGCUGUGCUUGAACCAGGCACUGCUGUUGGGGCUGUUUGUGCACAGAGUAUUGGGGAACCAGCAACUCAGAUGACCUUGAAGACCUUCCACUUUGCUGGGGUAGCUUCCAUGAAUAUAACUCAGGGAGUACCACGAAUAAAAGAAAUCAUCAAUGCUAACAAGUUAAUUAGUACUCCAGUCAUUACUGCUUCUCUUAUUUGUGCUGUUGAUCCAGAAUUUGCCCGCAGAGUCAAAGGUCGUGUUGAGAAAACUCUACUAGGAGAGGUAUCUGAAUAUAUUGAAGAAGUGUUUCUUCCUGAUGAUUGCUUCAUCCUUGUAAAGUUAGAUAUUGACAGAAUCAAACUUCUCAAGCUUGAAGUGUCUGCUGAAACAAUUCGUUAUUCUAUAUGCACAUCAAAGCUGCGAGUGAAGCCCCAAAAUAUUAAAGUUCACAGUGACUCCAUAUUGACGGUUCGACCUUCCGAUAGUAGUCGUAGCUCUCUGUACUAUGUUCUCCAGACAAUGAAGGAACAGUUACCAAGCAUUGUUAUCAAAGGACUGCCCUCUGUGUCUCGAGCUGUUAUUCAUGUGGAUGAUUCCAGUUCUCCAGUUCUCUACAAACUACUAGUGGAGGGUGAUGGAUUAAGGGAUGUCAUUGCAACAUAUGGUGUGAAGGGGACUGCUACUUCAUCCAAUAACAUCUGUGAAGUCGAAAAAACAUUAGGGAUCGAAGCUGCUCGAGCCACAAUUAUUAAAGAAAUUCGGUACACAAUGGAAAAUCAUGGUAUCAGUGUUGAUAGGCGACAUCUUAUGCUGUUGGCUGAUCUUAUGACAUUCAAGGGUGAAGUAUUAGGUAUUACCCGAUUUGGUUUGGCCAAAAUGAAAGAGAGUGCACUGAUGCUGGCCUCGUUUGAAAGAACAGCUGACCAUCUGUUUGAUGCUGCCUACUUUGGUCAAAAGGAUGCCAUUACUGGAGUCAGUGAGUGCAUAAUCUUGGGCAUACCCAUGUCACUAGGAACUGGUUUCUUCAAGCUUCUCCACAAAGCUGAGAGGGAGCCACUUCCACCUCCCAAGAAACUCAUGUUUGACUCCCCUGAAUUACAUUUGCCCUUUAAUGGUGAAUCUUAAAGUAUUGGAAUAUUUUGUGUAUUUAAAGAAGAAAGAAUAAGUGAUGUAAAGAAUUGUGUUUGUAAUUAUAGAUUUUUUAAGAAUUAAAGCUGUUUCUUGGUA